UCAUCAGCAUCUGGAAAACAACGCCAAAAAACAACAACAAAUAGGAUAAAAAUUACCAGCCCUCUCAACUGGCAGUCGUCGUCCAACCAAGCCACAAAAAUGAGUGAGGAAAGUGAAAGCAAAGCCAUGGAAGACGAGACGAAGAAAGGCGACGACGACGACGACGGCGACAAAGACGUGGAUAAGGAACAGAAGGAAAGAACAGAAAAGACUGUGGAAAUAGUGAAUAAGGAAAAAGUGAAUGAGAACGAGAAUGAGGAACAGUUACCAACGAAGUCAAAGCCAAAGGAGGACGACAAGGAGGGAAAGAAACAGGAGCAGCAACCCCAAUCAGAACCACUGGUGAAAAACGAAGAGAAGGAGACGACAAAGGUGGAGCACACGGAGAAAGAGAAGCCAGAGAAAGCCUCCAUUGACCCCGCCCCAACAACUAAAUCAGAAAAUGGUCAACAAGAAUUUGCUGGCUAUGAGGAGCAUAUUACCUAUGCAGCCGAUGGUGAAGCCAUCUACACGGAUCCAUCAACAAAGCAAAAAUACAAAUGGUCACAAACACUUAACAAUUGGCAGCCCUUGAGUGACACAGAAGCAGCCAGUGUCGGAGAUCUCUAUGAAAAUGAGCACUAUAAAUGGUGUCAGGAGACCAAACAAUGGCUACCCAAGCAGCCGCAAACCGAAACUGAGCACUACAAAUGGAGUGAAGAGCAACAGAAAUGGUUACCCAAAAAUCAAACGCAACCCGACAAGGAUGUCACCUAUGGCAUAGAUGAGGAUGGUGAACGUACCUAUACGGAUAAAGAUGGUGCCGUCUAUUUUUGGGAUUCAAAGAAAUCCGCAUGGUUUCCCAAAAUCGAUGAUGAUUUUAUGGCACGUUAUCAAAUGAGCUAUGGCUUCAUAGAUAACACCUCGGCGGGAGAGAAGGAGAAAGCUGACAAAGAGGCAGCCGAAUUGAAACGCAAGCAGGAAGAACUCCAACGCAUGACCGCUGAGGCAGAGGAAGCCAUGGCCAAGGAUGCAGCAGCCACAGCAGCUGGAACAGCAGCAACAACCUCAAAGCGCAAGGCACCAGAGCCACCAAAAUGGUUUGAAAUGGAUCCCUCACAGAAUACUAAAGUUUACGUAUCGAAUCUACCUCUGGAUAUCACAAUGGAUGAGUUUGCCGAGUUAAUGGGUAAAUGUGGCAUGGUUAUGCGUGAUCCGCAGACCCAAAAGUUCAAGCUGAAACUCUAUGCCGAAAAAGAUGGCCAAAUCAAAGGUGAUGGCCUCUGCGAUUAUAUUAAGGUGGAAUCGGUUAAUUUGGCUUUAAAUAUACUCGAUGAAUAUAAUCUACGGGGACACAAGAUACGUGUACAAAGAGCUCAAUUUCAAAUGCGUGGUGAAUACAAUCCUGCUCUCAAGCCCAAACGCAAGAAGAAGGAUAAGGAAAAAAUGCAGAAAAUUAAAGAGAAACUCUUUGACUGGCGACCCGAUAAAAUGCGUGGCGAACGCUCGAAAAAUGAAAAAACAGUCAUUAUUAAAAAUCUAUUUGUUCCUGAACUCUUUGAACGUGAAGUGGAAUUGAUUUUGGAAUAUCAAAAUAAUUUAAGAGACGAAUGCGGCAAAUGCGGAAUGGUCCGCAAAGUUGUCAUCUAUGAUCGCCAUCCUGAAGGCAUAGCCCAAGUGAAUAUGUCAUCACCUGAAGAAGCCGAUGUGGUCAUACAAAUGAUGCAGGGACGUUUCUUUGGCCAACGCCAAUUAACCGCCGAGCAUUGGGAUGGCAAAACUAAAUACAAAAUUGAAGAAUCAGCUGUGGAGGCGGAGAAGAGACUUAGCAAUUGGGAUGAAUUUUUGGCCAAUGAAGAAGAGGCUGAAGAGCAAAAAACCUUAUCAGCUGAAGAUGCCACGCCUUAAGUUAAUUGAUUGAUUGAUUGUGUUUUGUGUCAACUUACCUUCGAUCCUUAUCGCCAUGAUCUAAGACAUUCAAUAUUACCUCAUUGGCCAAUUCAUGCGGAUAGGUGGUAUUCCAACGAUUAUAGAUUUUAUAGCGAUUCGCCUCACUAACCUUUGGCAUCUUAUGUUGGCAUAUGAAACGCAAUUUAUCUGGACACGAACGGGCCGACCAACGAUAUUUCAAAUUUGGAUCA